UCGUUUUGACUACGUCUGUGGUUCAGCGAACAGCUGCUCGGAAUGCCGACAACAACAACCACGGCGCCAUGGCAAACUUGGAUUGGGUUUGCGUGCCACGAUGCUACGAAGUCCGGAGGAACUAUCUGGCUGGUCAGAUUACCUCAGACCAUCCGCUAAAACAGCAAACAGUCUCGGUAGUGGACAGCAAUCCCUUGAGCCGGGCUCUAGAGGGAACCGACCCUCUUUCGCAGUUUGCUCGACUGGAUGAGGAACGAGACGAUCCGCUCAGCGAAUCGAGAGGAGAAUUUGAUCUGAAGUCGAAACGCCGAGAUCGCGACAGGGUAGAUCAAGAGGAUAAUACUCUACAGUGGAGCUCAAGGCGCCUGGGCAUUCUCAACCGGUUUACCACCAAUGAGAAGCUUUCCCUCUCCACCAGCUUUCUUGUGACAUCUGGAAGUAUGGAUGGAGGCAGCGAUAGUAUCAAAGUGCAGACCGUUGUGGCGGACAAGACCAGAUACCGCCUGGAGCAGCUGGACCACUUUGAUGACGGCAGCAUGCGCCACAUGAUGGAUCUCACGCAACAGGAAUACAUACAAAGAUUUGAGCAGCUGAAGCAGGAACUUAUUCAGUCCUGGCACAGCGACCAGCGAGUCAAGGCACUCAAGAUAGGUAUUCAGUGUGCCAAGAUGCUGGCGGACACCACGGUGUUGCAGUUUUAUCCCAGUCAGUAUGUACUGAUAACGGACAUCCUGGAUGUCUUUGGGAAAUUGGUUUACGAUCGACUACGAUCCAAAGCAUCCGGAGAUCUGGGAGCAUCUGCGGCUGUUCUGGAGCGGGAGCGCGAGACUGCCCGGGAUACCUGCCAGAAUUGGUUCUACAAAAUCGCCUCUAUUAGGGAGAUACUGCCUCGUUUGUACUUGGAGAUGUCCAUAUUUAAGUGUUACGAAUUCAUGACAUCCAAUCGCGAUGAGUACGAAAAGCAGCUGCACCGACUGACGCACCAGCUGCGGGGAAUUGCCGAUCCCCUGGUAUCUACUUACGCCCGUUCCUAUUUGGUACGCGUGGGUGUGUCGCUGACGUCUAGCAAAGGGUACAUCAGAGAAAACUUUAGUGAUUUAUUUGUUAUAUAUCCUCAGAUUUUUCGCUUCGUAGCUCGCUUUAAUUUACAUCCGGAAAUCGUCACCGCCACCUCCUAUCUUCAGUUGUACGCCCCAGCCUUUGAUUACAUGCUGCUUUGCUUGGUCCAUAAAUGUGAGCUUUACACACAGGAUAUGCUAAAGGAAUGCAAACAUCUAAAGAAUAACGGAGCUAUUUUAAUGUCAAUUUUGAGUUCCUUUACGUCGGAGUUUGUUGCCGCAAAUGCUCUCGAGUUUAUUGAGCUGAUAAACGCCUCGGACACACCUGGAAUUUCAAAGUCUCAGCUUCUGCGCUUGCUAGGAUCAUGCGUUAGUACUUGUGCUCCCCUGCAAGAACAGCGUGUUACUUUUCUAAAGGUGGCCUUUGAAACCAUCAACAAACAGACGGAUCCAAAUGAAUACAUAAACAGUGUGGAGACUUGGGCCACCUUCGUUUCUCAGUAUUUUACGAUACAUGAAGUAAACCGACUUCUGGGACAACUAAAUUCGCGAAUGUUUCUGGGCAACGCCUAUGAGAAACACUACUCUCAACUACAAAACAUUCUUACCAGGAUAAUGCAGAACUAUCGCAGUAUAGAGCUACUGCUGAUACAACCCAACUUUCUGCCGUACUUGGAUCUUUUUCAUAAGGAUUCAGUUCGCGUGGAAGUUUGUAAGAACAUUCUCAGUUACUAUAAACAAAAUAGCGAGGAAUACACCUGCGAUGCUGUAGUCACGAAUGCAUUGAUGUAUAUAGGAAAGAUUCUAAAUGAUUCUGUAAACGCCCUGACCGUGGAGGACGAGCGGCGCCAGAUCUCCCAACUCGUCAAUGUUUUUAUUCACAAAGUGAACUUCGGCAGUGAUCUGGAGCGUCAGUUGGGUUUUUUUGUGGAGGCCAGAGGCACGUUUAGUAACUUGGAUGCUGUUUAUGGCACUCUGGUGCAGGCAGCCUGUAAGUUGGCCACUCGGAAUCGAUCAAAGUCAACUGGAUUUGUCAAGGCGUGCAUCGCCUAUUGUUUCAUCACCAUUCCCAGUAUAGGAUCUGUCCAGCAACAAAUGGAUUUGUAUUUAUUGUGUGGACAGCUAGCUUUGCGGUAUCUUUGCUUGGGACAAGCCGAUGCCUGCUUCGAAGCCGCAUUGCAGUUGGUAAAUGACUUGCCAGCAGCCACUGUAGACUUUGAUGGGAUGCCUCGCAGCCUGGAGAGGUAUCUGGUCUCCUAUCUUUGCAAUAUGCUGGCCACCUUGAUCGUGGUUCCCGACAGUCCCGAGCAGGGCGUCCUAUAUUUCCUUCGUUUACUGGUGGACGUGGUGGGCCGCCAUGAAUUCAAGUCAGACAGCACUGCCCGAGUUACCAUAUACCUGCAUGCCCUAGAUAUGCUAUAUGUUCAGAGUCUGGAAAAGUUCCCCUAUCACAUUCAAGGCGUUGUGUCCAAUGAUAAUCUCUAUGGACAUGAUCCAAAAUUCUUAACGGAGGUGAACAACAUGUGCGCGCAGGUUGUGGAUGCCAUUCUCCUGCAACUUAAGUCUUUGGGAAUGGCUCAACAGGUGCGGGCUCAGGCUGAGCUGUCCUUGGAGCUCUUCUUGCGGAUAGUUCGGUACGCUGACCUGGAGAAGGAAAGCGUCGUUCAACUGGCCGUUAAACUUUGGCUGUUGGCCAACAAGGCUCAAUCCCAAAUGGAUGAAAAUACACUUCCCCAGACAUUGCGAAGUGUUGAGAUUUUAUACAAACAAGUUGUGGACUCCUCGCCCCGGCAGGCUCAGUCCAUUGCCAACCUACUCAUGCGAAUGCGAAACAGUUGAGAUGUUUGCUAGCAAAAAUAGUCUAUAGGCUAGGGUUUAGCUUUUAUUAUGAGCAUGAAUCUUUUACGGAUUCAUCUCAGGAUUUUACACUGUAUGUAUGUGCUUUUUCGCCGAUGACAAGGAACUGACAAAUUUUGUAUUCAUUUUCUGUUCAAUAUAAGUAAGUUACACCUUCCGAAGACUUGUAAAGUUUCGACCUGCAAUUAGUAAUAAAUUAAAUACCAUUUAAAGACAUUGAA